AUGUGGUCGCUUCGUCGCGCUGUUCAUAAGCCCCUUCUUGUCGGGUCAUUUCACCCUCGAGCACUCACUGCUGCUGCGAUUGCCCAAGGCAAAGUACCGAUCAAGAACCUCUUUGUCACGUCAAUUGAGACGACGAAAAAGACGGCCCCGGUGCUCAUUGGGUUGGCCAGUACCUUGGAGCAGAAGUUUGCCAAAGUCGGGUACUUUCGGCCGAUUCAACCGGGGGUGCCGGACUACCAUGUCGAGAUCAUGCGGGAACAAUUGGGACUUCACGUUGAGAACGUGAACCAGCUCUACGGAGUCACAAGUGACCGAGCUAUUGAAAGCUGGUUGAAUGGGCAACAGGAUGACCUGGUGGAAGAGAUUCUCGAUCGAUACGAACAAAGUCGAGAAGGGUAUGACUUUAUGAUCAUUGAAGGCUCGCAGCUGUCCAAGCACGAGAGUGCACUGAGCUGGAAGAUCAAUGUCGACCUUGCCAAAGCUAUUGGCUCGCCUGUGUUGACGAUCUCGGACUUUAGUGAGGCAGGCGCUACUUCGGAUGCUGAGUUGAUGGAAGAGAUUCUGAAUCGGACGGCACUGAAUGCGGAUCAAGUGGAAAGCACGGGGCUCACUUACAUUGGUCAUAUUGGCAAUCGAGUCGAGGUGAAGGACCCGAGAGCUCUUUGCACUGCUUUGCGGUCGAGAGUGCGUGAGAAGGGGUUACCAUUUCUAGGCUUCCUCCCUCAUGAUGACUUUAUCGCAUCCAAGCGACUGAACGAAGUGACGCAUCAAUUGGGAGCCAAGCAAUUGUUUGGCACGAAAGCCAUUCCCAACCACGUCGUGGUGACCUCGGCUGUUGUGGCCACGAGCGCGCUCAAGGAUCUGUUUUCGCACUUGAAGAACUACAAGGAUGGAGCUUUGGUCAUUACGUCAGCUGACCGCUCGGAUGUGAUGCUCGGGUUGAUGGUUUCGAGACUGCCUGGUAUUUUGCCCAACGUAUCAGCUAUCGUGCUUACGAAUGGCAGCUACCCCCACAGCAAUACACAAGAGAUUCUCAAAGGCGUUGAAGCUCUGGACAAUACGGGUCUCUCGAUUCCAAUCUUCUCAGUGCCUGAAGACACGUUCACAACGGCUGACAAGUUUUCCAAGAUGUCGACGGACAUUUUGCCCACGAGUCAGCUCAAGAUUGACCGUUCAAAGCAGCUCUUUGACGAGUUUGUGGACAAGGCGAACCUCAUUGGAGAGCUCGAUGAAGGCAUGGUCGUCAACCGCUCUCCGAAACAGUUCCAGCACUUUUUGUUUCGCAAGUCACGUGCUGUUCAGCGUCAUAUCGUGCUCACAGAAGGUGAAGACAUUCGAGUGCUGCAAGCAGCAGAUCAAGUGCUGCGUCAGAAGCUGGCCAAGGUGACGAUUCUAGGCAAUCCCGACGAGAUAUGUCGCCACGCAAAGGCUCUUAACCUCGACUUGUCAAGUGCAAAUAUUGUACGCACUGCAGAGAGUGACUUGCUAGAGCAUUACGUGAACGUGUACUACGAGAAGCGAAAGCAUAAGGGUGUAACCCGUCAGACAGCUCGGGAUGCUGUACUGGAAGAGACGUGUUUCGGGACGAUGAUGGUCGAAAUGGGUGGUGCCGAUGGGAUGGUCUCAGGUGCCUGCCACACGACUGCCAACACCAUUCGUCCAGCGUUGCAGCUCAUUAAGACAGCACCGAACCGUCCGAUUGUAUCCAGCAUCUUCUUCAUGUGCCUUGAGGAUGGCGUGCGAAUCUACGGUGACUGUGCAGUCAAUACGGAUCCAAGUGCACAAGACUUGGCUCAGAUUGCUGUCACAAGUGCCGAAAGCGCCGAGGCGUUUGGGUUGAUCCCGAAGGUAGCACUGCUCUCGUAUGCAACGGGAGACUCGAACUCGGGUCCGAUUGUGGAAAAGGUGCGGGAAGCGACGAAGAUUGCACAGGAAUUGCGGCCAGACCUGGAUAUCUACGGCCCGAUUCAGUACGAUGCUGCAGUCGAUGCAUCGAUUGCAAAGACGAAACUCAGGGCGAUUCCAAGUGGUGCGAGAGUGGGGGGUCAAGCGAACGUGCUGAUCUUCCCGGAUCUCAACACUGGCAACAAUACGUACAAGGCCGUGCAGCAGAGUACCGGUUGCGUUGCAAUGGGUCCUAUGCUACAAGGUCUCCGCAAACCCGUGAACGAUCUCAGUCGAGGAGCUACGGUAAAGGACAUUGUGACAACGGUAGCGAUUACUGCGAUUCAGGCGGAUCAAGUGAUUCAAAAACGCGAUGCCGAUGCUGCUGCAGCUAUUUGA